AUGAGGGUACGCAUCACACGUUCUAGCACGGUCGAGAUGCAAACCUGUCCCUCGUAUUUCUCCACAAGCCCGGAUGGCUUGAACCCAAUCCGGCGCAAUCAGCUCGUCAUCACGGGAGAGCCGGCGGAUACCCCACAUCAACCGCAACGGUCCCGGUCGACGGCAGCAGGAAACCAAUAUCUAGAAGCCGAGCUGGCCCGUAGCAGGCCGUCAAACCUCGUCUGCAUCCUGAGCUCGGCCGACGUGGCAGACUUGUCCGAAUGGCUGUUCGCAAUUGAGACUGCUAUCACUCGAUGCAGGUACUCUGCCGCUGAGCGAGACGACCCGAGACGGUCGAGCGAGUCGAUGUACUCGACGAUGCGCCUCUUUGGGGAGAUGCAGGCCCAGAGAGUUGACCCAGGCCGCAGCGCGAGGAAAGAAGACCCACACUCGACGCCCAUGGCUGCUUGCCGCUCGCUCCCGCUAUCUCUUCCUUCACACUCUCUGCCACCAGCCGCAUCAACACGGCAGAGGAGCUCGAGCAUGGCCGGGAGCGAGUCCGACUUUUCACCCUCCGCCUUUAUUGACUACUACGCGGCGACCGACCCAGGCAGCUCUGCGGCAUCAGCCUCGGAUGGGCUGUACAGCUUCGAAGACGCAUAUGCAAGCAUCAUGCGACGGUAUGAGGACAACGACCUUCCCAGUCCACUACAGAACCUUCCGAGUGCGCCGUUGGAUGGGUACGUGCGGUAUGCCCGCUCAGAAUGCGUGGAUGUGCCCGUGUCGCCACGCAGCUUCGAGUUCGAGCAGGACGCCUGGGGAUUGGAGGACGAGCAGCCGAGCAGCCCGUUGGAUCCGUGGAUCUCACAUGCUGCUGCGCGAUCGGCCACGAGCUUGUCUGCUGGCGCAUUUGGUGAUGACACGGUGAUGCAGAUCUUUGCUGAGGGGUUUCGACGUCGGUCGUCAUCUGUUUGA